CAUGGGAUCCUGCCCCCUGCACCAGUGGGAGCGCCGCUGAGGUCUCCACUGCGCAUGUCAGAGCGCUGGACAGCUCCAGAGAGGGAAAUUUAAAAACGGUUUUUCGAGAAUCAAGUGCAAUACAGUACAGCGGCUCAGCAGCGGCUCUCACAUUCUUCAGUAUCAACCAAAAACAGCCUAUUUUACUGCAGAGAUACUACAUAUUCCAGGAAAUGAUAGAAGGAGGAAUAACUUCCAGGAUGUCAGGAAUAACUGAGAAUGCUGGACAUCAUCCGUCUCCACAGGAUUACAGGCUUCUGACCACGGACCCCUCCCAACUGAGGGAGGAGGACCUCCCUGGGGACCUGCAGUCUCUGUCAUGGCUCACCUCUGUGGAUGUGCCCCGGCUGCAGCAGAUGGCUGAUAGCAGAGGCCACAGCAAUGGGCCCUCCCAGGGCAGCUUGCUGGAGCAACAGACAGCUCAGAUGAACAACAUGACUAUGACCACAAGUCAGGGCUCCAUGCUCCACCUCCAGAGUAAUAUGCAGCACAGCCCUCUGGGAAUCAGUAUCAUCAACACCCACAGUGGAAAUAUGUCUCCGUUCUCAAUGAAUGGGCUGCCUUCUCCAGGAUACCAGUGCCCUACCUCAGUCUACCAACCCACAUCCCAGCAGGUGUACUCUUUAAGCCAAACUGGACAGCAGUGUACAACUGGUGGACUCUAUAGCAAUGUCUCAUUCAACAACCAAAGUCUAUUCACACAACCUCGCCUGGCUCCACAAGAACAGGAGCUGCAGCCGAAGUCUUUCCCCAAGCCAAUCUACUCUUACAGCUGUUUGAUUGCCAUGGCUCUGAAGAACAGCAAAACUGGCAGCCUCCCAGUCAGUGAGAUCUAUAGCUUUAUGAAGGAACACUUUCCUUAUUUCAAGACUGCACCUGAUGGAUGGAAGAAUUCAGUCAGACACAACCUCUCCUUAAACAAAUGCUUCGAAAAGGUGGAGAACAAGACGAGCAGCUCAUCCCGUAAGGGCUGCUUAUGGGCAUUGAACCCCGCCAAAAUUGACAAGAUGGAAGAAGAGAUGCAGAAGUGGAAACGCAAGGACCUCCCAGCCAUUCGGCGCAGCAUGGCUAACCCUGAUGAGCUGGACAAGCUGAUCACAGAUCGCCCAGAGAACUGCAGACGAAAGCCUUUAGAGCCAGGCAUGACCCGGCUGAACAGCUGUCCAAAUGCCCUCCCACUGCCAGUCCCAGCCCAAAUGCAACCUCAACCUAUAGUCACGCUGUCCCUGCCGUGUUUACCCAUGCACCAGCACCACCAGCUUCAGGCCCAGCUUCAGGCUCAGGCUCGACUGGCCCCCAUGUCCCCUGCCCCAGCCCAGACUCCCCCUCUCCACACAGUCCCCGACCUGUCCCACAGUCCGCUCACCCAACAGCCCAGCAAACCCCCUGAUGAUUUCUACAACAUGCAAGGGGACGCUCACACAGAGGUGGACGCUCUGGACCCGAGCAUCAUGGACUUUGCCCUGCAAGGUAAUCUGUGGGAAGAAAUGAAGGACGACAGCUUUAACCUGGAUGCUUUAGGCACCUUCAGUAACUCGCCUCUCCGACUAUCAGACUGUGACUUGGGAACAGCCAAUCUCCCUCCCGUCUCCAGUGGCGCAAACCUGUCGCUGUCAGACGUGCAGGUGACGGGGCUCUACACCUCCUACGCUUCCCAAGAUGCCCUGUCUUCCCAGUACAUGGGAGCACCAUCUAACAGCAAGCCUAUUGCCCUGCUCUGAACCAGC